AUGGGAACUAAGUAUAUAUUCAAUGAUGGUAAUGGCGGAUUUGAUGUUUUUCGGACGAGAUUGUUGUUGAUGUUUGGUGGACCGUUAGGCUUUCAUCUUUUGUAUUUACGUGAGCCUCUCGAAGCUUAUGUGUAUUUCGCGACUUUCGGCCUCUCGCUGGUUGCAGUAUUUUACGAUGCAAUAACUCUGAAUAGUCGUGUUGCUGCACGAAAUAAAGAAAUAGACAUCGAAGAUAUCAGCGAUCGAAAAGUGAAGGUAAUAUCCACUUCAAUUAUCCGCUUUAUUGCACAGUUUCUGUUUGGUUGUUGGAUUGGAUUCUUAUUUUCUUUGGUAACUAUUCUACUUGUUGGCACUAGACAUCGCGUUCUUUUAGCGUUAUUCAUAGCUGCCGGUGUUGCUCAAGGCGUUUAUGUUGUUGGGAAUUGUAGAAAGCAACAACGUGACUUAAUUUACAUAGCACUUUCGGCAGCUCUUUCUUCUUUAAUAGCGAUUCUUUUAUUUGAUCUUUCUUUAUGUCGAGCAAUUUUCUUUACUUCAAUUUCGUCGACAUUUGUUGGCAAUCGCAGUGCAAAACUUCAAAAUACCCAGAAAUUCUCACUUGCGACAUAUUUUAUCCUCUCACUGAUUCAUUCAUUUAUCGUGAUCAUCAUUAUGAUUGGUUUGGUGCGUGUCGUACUUGAUCGACGCAUUUCAGUUCUUAUGGAAAAUUCUUACUCUCGUGUUUCUGCUUCGCUUGGUUCUAUUAUACAGGAUAAAUAUUUCCGAAUUCCAAGCAAAGAUAUUUUUGAAAAAUUUUCACGUAUCGAAUAUUUCCCAUUGCAACAUAUAACGAUACUGAAAACAGGAACUUCUUCAAUAGAACAUCAUAAUGGCCGGGAAGAAUUAUCUGUUUUCGAUUACUUAACUGUGUUAAUUAUCGACUUCAUGCGAUAUAGUACGGAGCUGUCGAAGAACACAGAAAAGCAAGGAUCUAGUGCUUUACAGUUAGCCUUAUGGAGGACAUUCGCUCUUCAUGUUUUGGAUGUGACACCAUAUGCAUCGGAUGAAAAAGUGCUACAGGAAUGUACGAAAUAUUUGAAACAUAAAGAAAUAGUCGGAGAGACUGUGCGAAAUAGCAAGUACUGGCAACACAAAGCGACCGAAAAAGCUUGCAAACUUUUGCGCAUUAUAAUCAAAUAA